AUGCUGUUUCUACUGUGGACUAAUGAAGAAGAAGAAGAACUUAUUCAUAUAAAUCAUGAAGAGAAGUUUGAAUUGUACAAAGAUAUAAUGCAACAGAAAAGAUCUGAAUAUAUUCAUCGUGAAGCUAAUGAAUUCGACCAAUCUUUCGAAGAAUAUAUGGAAACGAAAGAAGAUGACGAUGGUAUUGAUGAUACAAAUAUUGAAUACGAUCAAGAUAAAAAUGAAUUUCUCAUUUAUGAAAUAGGAAAUACGGAAGGUGAUAUUUUUGUUGAAAUGGGAAUAAAUACUAAGACUGAUAAAGUCGAACACUUUAAUGUUCCCAAAAUGAUACCGGACACGGAAUAUCAGCAAAUGAUGAGAAAUCUUAAUAGUAAUCAAAGGAAAUAUACUAUAAAUGUAAUGAAUUUGAUUAAAAAUGGUGAAAAUCAAUUUUUUCAUUUCAUCAAUGGAGGUGCAGGUGUUGGCAAAAGCACUCUAAUCAAAGCAGUGUAUCAAUCAAUACUGAGAUUUCAUAACUCAUUACCAGGAUAUAAUCCAGAUAGUAUUCGUGCUGCGCUAUGUGCACCAACUGGCAAAGCAGCAGCAUUAAUAGAUGGAAUGACUUUGCAUUCAUUUUUAAGUUUACCAGUAAAUCAAUGCAAGCAUAAGCUUGUCCAACUGAAUAGUGAUGUUUCGAACAGAAUUGGAGUCAAAUUAAAAGACUUACAAUUAUUAAUCAUAGAUGAAAUAUCAAUGGUUGGUUUUACAAUGUUUCAACAAGUCGAUGCACGUUUGCAACAAAUAAUGAGAACAAAGAAACCAUUUGGUGGAAUAUCAGUCAUAGUUUUAGGCGACUUUAAUCAAUUAAGACCAGUUGGUGAUAAAUACAUAUUUCAGUUUAAUAAUUCAUAUAAUGCCUUAGUAGAUAGUCCAUUAUGGUCAUUGUUUGAAUUGUUUGAAUUAACAGAAAUUAUGAGACAAAAGGAUGAUAAGACUUUUGCCAUUGCAUUAAGUAAUAUAGCCAAAGGAACAAUGACAGAUGAAGAUAUUCAUCUGUUAAAGUCACGAAUUGUUUCUACUGAAAGCCUAGUAAUGGUUGAAGAUGCUAUGAGAAUAUUCAGAACUAAUGCUGAAGUUGAUGCAUACAAUACAAAAGUAUUGGCUAAUCUUAAUACCGAAGGUGCAACUGCCAAUGCAUAUGACUUCUGUAUAGGUGAUGGACUUGCAUCAUUAAAAGAAAAAGUGUUGAACAAUGUAAAGAAUCUGAAAACAACUGAAACUUAUGGCUUACCACUUAAAAUCGAUUUGAAAGUGGGUGCUAAGUAUAUGUUGACAGUCAAUUCUGAUACAGAAGAUGGAUUAGUCAAUGGUGCUUGUGGAAAGUUAGUGAUGAUUGAUUAUGGAAAACUUCAGAAAACUAAUGAAACAGUACCAUGUCGAAUAUGGAUUAAAUUCAAUGAAGAAAAACUGGANCGAUGA